AUGCAGGGAGCGCUCGGACACGCGGGGAGCGCUCGCUCAGACACGCGGGGAGCGCUCACUCGGACACACGGGGAGCGCUCACUCGGAGACACGGGGAGCGCUCGGACACGCGGGGAGCGCUCACUCGGACACACGGGGAGCGCUCGCUCAGACACACGGGGAGCGCUCGCUCGGACACACGGGGAGCGCUCGCUCGGACACGCAGCGCUCGCUCGGACACGCAGCGCUCGCUCGGACACACGGGGAGUGCUCGCUCGGACACACGGGGAGCGCUUGGACAUGAAGGGAGCACUCGCUCGGACACGAAGGGUGGGCAAAAAACUUGAUACCGCAUACGCGGCCGGUGAUCUAAUCCCUCAGAGGAAGAAGAGGUUCCCUCGUCUCUCUGUCUCUCUCUCUCUCUCUGUCUCUCUCUCUGUCUCUCUCUCUAUCUCUCUCUCUCUCUCUCAGUUUCUGUCACCCUGCCAGACUCGAACACAUACCCGGAGAAACUUGGACAACAUGGAGGAACUCCUGCUACCGAGUGGCGGCGAGGACGAGGCGCGCUCGGACGACGGUCCUUACGCCCCGCGGGACGCAAGGCGGUCCGUGAGCGACCGCGUCAAGCCUCUCCUGCGCGGGACGGGGACCCUGAGCAGUAGCGUGAAGGAUUUCAUAAAGAAGAACGGGCUGCUGACGCUGUCCGUCAUCGCCGUGCUCAGCGGCUGCACGCUGGGCUUCAUGCUGAGGGGAACGCACCUGUCCACGCAGGCGAAGAUCUACUUCUCUUUCCCCGGAGAGCUGCUGAUGAGGAUGCUGAAGAUGCUCAUCCUUCCUCUCAUCACGUCCAGUUUGAUGUCUGGCCUGUCCUCCAUGGAGUCCAAGUCCUGCUGCAGGAUGGGCGUCCUGACCGUCACCUACUACCUGUGGACCACCUUCAUCGCCGUGAUCGUCGGCAUCGUCCUCGUCCUCAUCAUCAAGCCCGGCGUGGGGACGGAGAUGGAGAGCCAUCGGCUGGGGGGGGGGCCCGUCAUGACCUCGGCCGACGCCCUGCUCGACCUCAUCAGGAACAUGGUUCCCUCUAAUCUGAUCGAGGCCACGUUCAAACAGUACAAAACGGACCUGGUUCCGAUCCUCAAAGUCCCCACCAGAACCGUCCAGCCCAACUUCGUCUACGUGUUCCCGGACGAGAGCAACCCUAAAGGCCGGAUGGUGUUCCUGGAGCUGACUCCGCCUCCGGACGUCACGUACAAAACCAGUCCCGGCGCCAGCGGACAGAUGAACGUGCUGGGCAUCGUCAUCUUCUCCGCCACCAUGGGCCUGUUGCUAGGCAGGAUGGGAGAACGAGGCACUCCACUGGUCAGCGUCUGUCAGUGUGUCAACGAGUGCGUCAUGAAGAUCAUCAACGCCGCUGUCUGGUACUUCCCGUUCGGCAUCAUCUUCCUGGUGGCGGGGAAGAUCCUGGACAUGCAGGACCCGAGCACGCUGGGCAGGAAGCUGGGCUGGUACGGCAUCACGGUGCUCGCCGGCCUCUUCGUGCACGGUCUCAUCCUCCUCCCUCUCUUCUACUUCAUCCUCACUAAGAAAAACCCUUUCUCCUACAUCCGCGGGCUGCUGCAGGCCAUGGUGAUCGCCCUGGCUACCUCCUCCAGCUCCGCCACGCUGCCCAUCACCAUGAAGUGUUUGUUGGAGAACUGCCACGUGGACCGGCAGAUCGCCCGCUUCGUGCUCCCCGUGGGCGCCACCAUCAACAUGGACGGCACAGCGCUGUACGAGGCCGUGGCGGCCAUCUUCAUCGCUCAGGUUAACGACUACGAGCUGGACUUCGGCCAGUUGGUCACCAUCAGCAUCACGGCGACCGCUGCCAGCAUCGGCGCAGCGGGCAUCCCUCAGGCCGGCCUGGUUACCAUGGUGAUCGUACUGACGUCAGUGGGCCUGCCGCCAGACGACAUCACGCUCAUCGUGGCCAUCGAUUGGAUCCUCGACAGGUUUCGGACCAUGGUCAACGUUUUGGGAGACGCUCUGGCGGCGGGAAUCAUCGCCCACCUCUGUCGGAAAGAUUUCCCCCUCAGUGGAACAGGAAAGCCUGUACCGUCGUACGGGACGCAGACUCCUCACGUUCACAGCAACAACUCUCACAGCGUAGACGUGCCAAUGACGGAGAUGCACACGCAUAAAGACGGCAUGUUCGAUACGAUGUGCGACGCGGCGGGCGACAGGAACGCACACACCGUCUACUACAACAUCUGCCAGGUGUGAUCGGGCCGGACCGAGCAGCUCGCCACAAAGCACCGCCCAGCCCGAUGAAAUGUCACCGUGCCAUCUGAAGCAUGAAUAAUCUUCCUCUGAGCAGCAGCAACGGCUUUAAAUUGAAUUUAAGUGACAGGAACUGUGGUUUGUUGGACCAAAAGUGGAUUGGAUCUUUAUUUGGAGCGUUGUUCUCUUGCUAACUUUUGAUGAGGGAGAAAAAUAUCUCCAAGGACAAAAAGGAUUACAAUGCCAUCUUAAUGGAAACUCGCCAUCAGCGCUAAACUUGCAAGCUGGCCUGUUAUCAAUAUCAAUAUCAAGCAGAGACUUCAACCAGCAUCUUUUGUUACCGUAAGAGGAUUAUGAGUACAUGAUGCCGGGAUAAUUUAGCAGAGCCUUUUUACCUGCUCUCCAUCUUUACUCGGUCUUGAAAGCCAGAAAAAAUCCAUCUCUGUUUGGAUAGAGACAGCUUAAAGAGCCCCUAUUAUGCUUUUUGGGAUUUUUCCCGUCUUUUCGUGUGCUGUAUA